AUGUCGUUGCCACCGACGCUGCAGGCGCUAUCUAUUGGCGCGCGCGAUGCCACUAACACGCUAGAGUUGUAUCUUGAUUAUCUGUGCCCUUUCUCAGCCAAGAUUUUCCUCAACUUUCACGAGCAUAUCGCUUCGAUGGUGAGUGGCAAUGAUGCGCGCUACCGCGGUCAGCUACGUGUCGUGAUCCGCCCUGUGCCUCAGCCAUGGCAUGCCUCUUCCACGUGGCUGCAUGAGACGGCUCUGGCAGUGGCCCGCCUUGCGCGAUCAGAUGAACACAUGCUAGAAGAUCCGCAGACGAAUGCGUUUUGGCAGUACUCCGUUGCGCUCAUGCGCGAGUCGGAGCGUUGGAACGAUGCGAAUGUGCGCGCUAAGAGCGCCGAUGAAGUGCGCGCCGAGCUGACAUCGCUCGCCGUAUCCGUCUUGGGCGAAGAUGCACGUAAGAGUGGCUCGGCACCGCUUGUGCGCCUGGACAGUGGCCAGACCCUCACGGAGGCCGUGCGCGGCUGGACACGUGUGGGUGAGGGAAAUAGUGGCUCCCGCAUUGUGCCAGAUCUCAAGUACUGCGUGAAGAUCGGACGCCAGAAUUCCAUCCACGUCACACCCACUGCUCUCUGGAAUGGCGUGGUCGAGCCGAGUGUCUCGAGCUCGUUUUCUCGUGAGCAAUGGGUCCAAUUCUUGGACGAGCGUAUGCCACGUGCCAAUAUGUAG